AUGGGACCUUGUUCGUACCUAGCGGCCUUGCUAUUCACUGGCUAUGCAGGUGCAAAUCUUGUCUACAAAUCAAGACCCGACCUCGCCGCACCGGUGUUAAAUAUUACCAUCCCAGCAACAAACGAAACGGCCGAUGGGCUAAUAUUCUACACACCUGAGAGCAUCUACGCGGAUAAUACCGGCCACGGGCCCGCACAGUCUGGGCCGUAUAUUUUCACCGACAAGGGUGAUUUAGUAUGGACCGGCUUUGGCUAUGUCGGACCUCGAAGCGAAAACUUCCUUGUCCAGAACUAUAGAGGACAACAGGUCCUGACGAUAUUUGAAGGCUCUCACAAUUCACCGAUGGGCCAUGGACAUGGCCACACCAGCAUCUUCGAUAAUAAGUAUCGGCUUUUGAAGCAAAUUAAGGGUGGUGGACACAAACUCGCCGAUCAGCAUGAGUUUCUCAUUUUCAAUAACCAUUCCGCUGUCUUCACUGUUUAUGAUCCCGAGAUCGCCGAUCUCUCUCCUUAUGGAGCGAAAUCGGAUUCCCAGCAAUGGAUUCUUGAUAAUAAAAUACAGAAGGUGGAUACUGAUACAAAUCGUGUCCUCUGGGAAUGGAGCUCUCUCGAACAUAUCGACCCAGCAGGAACCAACCUGACCCUGGAAAGCGGAAAUGCCGGUACCGGCGUGAACUCGAGCCAGGCCUGGCAUUACUUUUACAUGAAUGCAUUUGACAUAGACGUGGCAAACAACAAAUAUCUUCUCUCUGCCCGAAGUAUGUGCACGAUCUUCAAGAUGGACGGUGACACGGGAAAGAUCAUCUGGCAACUUGGAGGGCCGAAUUCGAAUUUCUCUCUGGGAGAGGGAGUGGACUUUUGCUGGCAGCAUGAUACCAGGAUGCAUCAGAAAUAUCUCGAGCAUGAGACGAAAGGAUCCAAGGAAAUUAUUUCUUUCUUUGAUAACUCUGCCCAUGAAAAUCUCGCCGGUGGACCGGAUCUACAAACCCGCGCGUAUAGUGCCGGAAAGGUUGUCGAGCUGGAUACUGAAAACUGGACCUCGAAGCUCAUUUCUGAGUUCCGAGCACCGGGGGGAUCUCUCUGUUCGAUCGCAGGGGAAUUUGCAGCUGCUUCCGAAUGGAAAUGCGUUCAUUAA